ACUUACAUACACUGAUUGAUGUCUCAUGUCUCCAUAAAAUGUAUAAAACUAAGCUGUGUCCCGACCACCUUGGGCACAUGUCGUGAGGACUUCCUGAGGCUGUCACGCGCGUGUCGUCAACCUUGGCAAGAAAUUGAGAUCUAUCUCGGAAUUUCUGGGUUCACACUUUUUGCUCUCAACAUUGGGAAGAGACUGCUGCCGCCGUUCCUGAGGACAAAACGAGAGGGUGAUGGGCUGGAGCCCGAUUCUAAAAAGGUCCUGGGACUAAAACUAACUUCUGAGUUCACGACGGUUCCCUUCCGUGGGAGGCUCCUUUGUUUCUGCAAACCCGGGCUGAGUUCUGAGCUGUGCGGCCUCACCGGGCGGGGCCAGAGCAUACUUGGUUGGUUUUCAAGGCCGGCGCCUGUAGCCGCAACGGCCAUUUUGGAUUAGGGCACGGAGAGAACGCUGCCUGGGGGUGGGGGCGGGGGGCGUCGUCCUGGGUACAAUUGCGCAGGGGCAACGGUCGAGAGGUCGCGCAGCCGCAGUUUUUUUUGAAGAAAUAGUCCAGUUCUGACUAUGGACUCGCAGCCAUCGGCCCUUAGUUUCCAUCCCCUCUAGUGGGCCCUCGGGAGUUAUAGUGACCUCCCUCCUUCCCUUGGGACUGGGCCAGGGAGGCGUUCUCGGGCGCAGGAGGUUCCGUAUGCCCAGGCCCGGCCAGGGGAGGUGACCGAUUCGUCGCUGGGGCUGACAGUCCCCAUGGCGCCGCCUCUGGCCCCGCUCCCUUCUCGGGAUCCAAACGGGGCAGUACCCGAGUGGAGAAAGCCGGGGACCGUAAGCUUCGCCGACGUGGCCGUGUACUUCUCUCGGGAGGAGUGGGGCUGCCUGCGACCCGCGCAGAGGGCCCUGUACCGGGACGUGAUGCGGGAGACCUACGGCCACCUGGGCGCGCUCGGAGUCGGAGGCAGCAAGCCGGCGCUCAUCUCCUGGGUGGAGGAGGAGGCCGAACUAUGGGAUCCAGCUGCCCGGGAUCCGGAGGUGACGAAGUGUCCGACAGAAACGGACCCAGAUUCCAGAAACGAGGAAGAGGAAACACAAAGGGAAGGGAUGGGAGCCCUGGAGAAGCCUGUCCCUGUGGCCGCCGGGUCUCCUGGGCUGAAGGUUCCCCAAGCCCCCUUUACCAGGUUGGAGCAGCUGUCCAAGGCGCGGCGCCGGAGUCGCCCCCGCUUUUUUGUCCACCCCCCUGUGCCCCGAGCAGACCAGCGUCACGGCUGCUACGUGUGCGGGAAGAGCUUCGCCUGGCGCUCCACGCUGGUGGAGCACAUCUACAGCCACAGGGGCGAGAAGCCCUUCCACUGCGCAGACUGCGGCAAGGGCUUUGGCCAUGCUUCCUCCCUGAGCAAACACCGGGCCAUCCAUCGCGGGGAGCGGCCCCACCGCUGUUCCGAGUGUGGCAGGGCCUUCAUGCGCCGCACGGCUCUGACUUCGCACCUGCGGGUCCACACCGGCGAGAAGCCCUACCGGUGCCCACAGUGUGGCCGGAGCUUCGGGCGGGGUUCCACCCUGAUUCAGCACCAGCGCAUUCACACCGGUGAGAAGCCCUACAAAUGUGAGGUCUGCAGCAAGGCCUUUUCCCAGAGCUCUGACCUCAUCAAACACCAGCGCACCCACACUGGCGAGCGACCCUACAAAUGUCCCCGUUGCGGCAAGGCCUUCGCUGACAGCUCUUACCUGCUUCGCCACCAGCGCACUCACUCUGGCCAGAAGCCCUACAAGUGCCCACAUUGUGGCAAGGCCUUCGGCGACAGCUCCUACCUCCUGCGACACCAGCGCACCCACAGCCACGAGAGGCCCUACAGCUGCACCGAGUGCGGCAAGUGCUAUAGCCAGAACUCGUCCCUGCGCAGCCAUCAGAGGGUGCACACCGGUCAGAGGCCCUUCAGCUGUGGCAUCUGCGGCAAGAGCUUCUCCCAGCGGUCGGCCCUUAUCCCCCAUGCCCGCAGCCACGCCCGGGAGAAGCCCUUCAAGUGCCCUGAGUGCGGCAAGCGCUUUGGCCAGAGCUCGGUGCUGGCCAUCCACGCCCGCACCCACCUGCCAGGCCGCACCUAUAGCUGCCCCGACUGCGGCAAGACCUUCAAUCGCUCCUCCACGCUCAUCCAGCACCAGCGCUCCCACACGGGCGAGCGGCCCUACAGGUGCGCUGUGUGCGGCAAGGGCUUCUGCCGCUCCUCCACGCUGCUGCAGCAUCACCGGGUGCACAGCGGCGAGCGGCCCUACAAGUGCGAUGACUGCGGAAAGGCCUUCUCCCAGAGCUCCGACCUCAUCCGCCACCAGCGGACCCAUGCGGCGGGCCGGCGCUGACCCAGGGCCCCAGCAGGGGUGGGAGGUUUGGGCAGAAGAUAAGGGGCCAGGGAACUAGAAGAACCUUUAGGGAGGAUAGUGGAGAAGCCGCAGCAGGAUGGAGGAGCUGAGGAUGCUGGAAGAAGAGGGCCAGGGUGGAGGAAGUGACAUGCCCUGGAGACUUGUGGGAAGUGGGUUGGAGGGAGGCCAGGCCGGCAGCGGGAGGCCCUGGGAGAAAUGGAGAGAGGUCAGCGGAGGGCUGGCCUUGCAGUGGUGGCUCCUCGGUGGGUGCCUGGCUUGGCAACGUGCUAGAGCAGGGAGGGGGGAGGGCGGGGGUUUACCUAAUUAGAGUGGGUUAGCUUAGAUUGGUAGCUGCUGAAACCCUUGUUGAGUCAGGAGCAGAUAAAAGGGUAGGUGGGGUGGGGAGUGGGGCCUCGGGGUGGGGCCUGGGCCUCUGCGUGCAAACCCCAGCCUCCCUCUUUUUCCUCAGGCUUUGGAGCCCCUGAGUUUGAGUUCAAUAAAAACCUUUAUGUGGUAAA